AUGGCCCCCACUCCUUUCCCACAGAAUCUCUCUUCGGAGGGCCCAUCGCCCGAGAGCACUUCGCCAGACGCUACCGAAGACCAUGGCCCAGAAGACAGUCACAAAAGCGCGAACGGUACCCCUCCAAGCAACAUACAGAAACGAAGACGUAUAACAAGAGCGUGCGACGAGUGCCGGCGCAAAAAAAUAAAAUGUGACGGAACGCAGCCAUGUCUUCACUGCAAGGUCUACUCCUACGAUUGCACCUAUGAUCAACCCUCAAACCGACGUCGCAAUGCUGCGCCGCAGUACAUCGAGGCUCUGGAAAAUCAACUGAAACGCGCAAAGGCACUCUUAAAUAUCAUGGUACCUAACCUGGAUUUGAACGAUCCCGCGAUCGAUGCGCACUUGCAGAAUGGUGUAAUUCCCCAGCUGCCCAUUGCGAGUGCGCCUCCGCGGCCCGCUGAGCCUACCGCCAGACAGUUUGCGCGUCCUGUCGAUGCGGGAGAAACGGCCGACGACUCACAUCUGGUCUCCAUGGUGCGCGCGACGGGACAGCUGGAUCUGGAUGAGGAGGGAAAUUGGGAUUAUCAUGGCCACUCGUCCGGCUUGAGCUUCAUCAAGAAGAUGCGUGAGCAAUUUGGCGACGUCAUGCCUACGCAGGGCGGCCCUUUCAUCAAAUCGCGACCCAUGUCCCAAGUCUUCGACUCUCCCAAGUCUACCUACGACUCCACCCACAACUCACCCCAGAAUUCGAGUAUAACGCUCGGGGGUUGCGAUCUGCCGCCGAAAAAUGAAGCUCGUGUCUUGUGCGAUAACGCUCUUACUGAUGCUAGCGCGCUCUUGAAGAUCAUUCAUCUACCAACUUUCUAUUCGUCCAUGGACCGCGUCUACGACACUCCACCUGAGAGUUAUGGAAAUCUAGAGAAUACGUUUCUCCCCCUUUUAUACUCUGUAUUGGCUCUUGGUACUUUGUUUUCCAAAAAUCACAGCGAACUUGACGAAAUCGGCUACGAAAAUGCAAUAGACUCAGGUUUCAAGUACUUUAAGGCAUCUCGACAACUAAUGGAUAUCGCGGACUGCAGAGACUUAGUCUCACUCCAAGCAGUCGUGUACAUGAUCCUAUUCCUCCAGUCUUCCGCUAAGCUGUCUACUUGUUACGCAUAUAUUGGCGUGGCGUUGAGAUCCGCAUUGCGCAUGGGUCUACAUCGCGCAUUCAAUGACAAUUUUAGUCCUAUCGAAGCCGAGUCCCGUAAGCGGCUAUUUUGGGUCAUUAGGAAGAUGGACACCUAUGUCGGCGCGAUUCUUGGUCUACCUCACACUUUGAACGAUGUAGACAUAGACCAAGAAUAUCCAACUGAGCUGGACGACGAUUACAUUACCGAGAGCGGCUUGCUGCCAAUGCCUGAGGGCCAAAUAUCUGUCAUUGCUGGCUCCAAUCAACACACCAGGAUUGUGCAGAUCUUGGCCAAAAUCGUUCUUCACAUAUACCCAAUCCAAGGCACACAUACCACAGGCGCUGGAAACUCCGUGACUUAUACAGUCAGUUACUCGAAGAUUCGGGAAAUUGAAAAGGACUUGCAGAACUGGCUCGAUGAGCUACCUUCGGGGCUUAAGCCUGGAGGUGAAGCCCGUCAAGGAAUCAUUCGGGUACAACAACUGCUUCGCAUGGCAUUUGCUCAUGCACAAAUGAUGCUGUACCGGCCGUUCUUGCACUAUGUCUCUCAGACUUGCAGAUCUAAAGGUGUUGAUCAGAGAGCAUUUGCUUGUGCGUCCGCCUGCGUUAGCGUGUCUCGGAAUAUUGUCCACAUCACUGCAGAGAUGAAACGACAAGGGCUUUUGAUCGGGGCCCAUUGGUUCUCCAUGUAUACCACAUUCUUCGCAAUUUUGUCUCUAGUAUACUUCGCGUUAGAGAAUCACGAAAAUCCAACAAGCAACGACAUACUACGGGACGCUCUUGAGGGUAAACAAGUCCUAGCUCAACUAGCAAAACGCAGCAUGGCAGCAGACAGGUGCACUGCGACACUCAAGGUAAUCUUUGAUCAACUUCCAGAGCGUCUCAAGCGCGGGCGCGAAAUGGCUGCAAGCAAAAAGCGCCGCCAGGGCACAUCUCACCCUAGCACUGCCCAAGCAGACGCUGAUUCGGAGAGUGAUGCCAAAUUGCCGCACCAGAGUACCUUUCCCGAGCCACAAAGCAGCCGCUCCAAGCGCGCAUCUUUCCCACCUACUCUUCCUAUUUCCCAGAACCAGCUGUUGCAGCUCUCUGCAGAUUCCCCUUACCACGCCUCUCCAACUCAGUCACAUCCCGACUUCUUCGAUUCUGCUCCCAGCUUGACUCCUGCAUCGAGUAUCAUGGGGUUCAACGCGCAAUCGCAAUCACAACAUACGCCGCAGCAACAGGCUAUCCAGUCAUUUCCCGCGACACCCGUAACAAACAAUUUCCCCGAUCCUAGUCUGCCUCUUGCAGACAUGUCGGCCAUGAUGUUCCCCUCAACGGAUCCCUUCGCCUAUCCCAACCAGCCAAUGACCACCUUUGAGAACACCAAUUUCCGAUUCAAUCCCAAGGACGCCAACUCCUCACCUUCAAUGCACAGCUUCUCGGGGUUUCGCCCUGGUAGCUCCAGUAGCCAGCCUGCUGUCUUUGGUGACCCUUCGGCAUUGUCAACGGGCACUAUGGGGUCGGUCAAAUCGCCUACGAACGGACAGGGCACGGAUAGUGACGUACAGCUCUUCGGCCCGAUGCCAAUGUAUCUCAUGCAAGGUGCGCAACACAAUCCUCAAAUGUCUCUGCAAUCCCAAAACCAGGACCAAGCGCAAGGCCCAGGACAUAACGGCUUGGACAUGAAUGGGAAUGGGCACUUUGAGGGCAGUACAAUGAAUUUGGACGAUUUGUUCAGCGGAGAUGAGUGGGCAAAUACGUUCUUGGAUCAAGGUCUUGCCUUAGGGGGUUUCGGGGGCGGUUCAUCUGGGAUGGGGCCGUGGAGGUAAGCAAACAACGAACGGUUGAAGAUUUUAUGAGUAGAGGAUCGGAAAUGUCGGCGUUUACCAAGCAACUUUGCAGGUCGAAAGGCUUGUGCCUCGGGCGGAGUUUGUAAAUAGUAGGGUAGGUUUAUAGAUACCCCAGUUAUAGACGGUUUUAUAAAUUGAUAUCAACC